AUGUCCACCGGACACUGCCCAUCGACAACUUCCCUGCCGCAUUAUCACCACCAUCACCACCACCAUGAACCUGGUCUUCGAAAGUCGCGGACACUAAGUUACCACUACCCCGGAGACCUUGAUGGGUGCGAAGAUUCCGGGAUUUGGAGACCACCAAGCAAGGAAGGGUUCUGGCGUUCUCCUCGCCUUGUUGACCGCGAGAACGCGCCCGAGCAGACUAGAAGACAUGAAGGGCCUUUGGACCGCGAGUCGACGAGAAGACGAAAUCUAAACCUAGAAUCCCGGUCUGCACAACCCCCAACCGAGGCGGCUCACGGAGACCGGUCCUCGACAGACACUUCAAGUUCGUCUCAAGACGAUGAAUCCUCGUCCAGUGAUGAGGAUAAAUUGAAACGGCUAUCCUGGAGGCAGCGGUUGAAACACGUCACCUGGGCGUGGUUCACAUUGACCAUGGCCACGGGCGGCAUUGCCAAUGUUCUUCAUCACGUGCCCUAUCGAUUUUUAGGCCUCUACACCAUCGGGGUGAUAUUUUUCCUGCUCAACAUCGUCUUCUACAUCGGGAUAUGGGCCAUGAUGAUCAUGCGCUUCACCUUCUACCCAUGGACGUUCCAAGCCAGCCUGACUCACCCGACCGAAUCAUUGUUCGUACCUGCGUUCGCCGUGUCGUUUGGCACGAUCCUAAUCAACAUAGUCGAAUACGGCACUGGCCGGGUAGGCGAUUGGCUCAACCACGGGGUCCUGGUACUUUUCUGGCUCGACGCGGCCGUGGCGGUGGUCCUAAGCAUCGCCAUCUAUUUGAUUCUUUGGUCCACGCUGACAUUUACCAUCGCUCGCAUGACGCCUAUCUGGAUUUUCCCGGCUUAUCCGCUGCUUAUCAUCGGGCCACAUGCCGCCAACUUGUCGCAGCAAGCGUUGUCGCCACACCAAGCUAUCCGAGUCAUCGUGGGCGGAUUUACAAUCCAGGGAAUUGGAUUUUUGGUGUCCCUGACCAUCUACUCGGCGUUUGUGUAUCGGCUCAUGACGCAAAAAUUGCCCGCCGAGCCCCUGCGGCCAGGCAUGUUCGUGUCCGUUGGUCCAUCAGCGUUCACCGUCAGUGGAACGCUGGGGAUGGCAAAGAACUUACAGCAUGUCAUUGCCGCGACACCUACUUCGACCUUUUUAGAGGUCCCCGGCACCCUGGCGGCGCAGGUGUUGCGGCUGGUAGCGACCUGGAUGUCCUUGUGGCUGUGGGGUUUGGCGUGGUGGUUCUUUUUCGUCAGCUUGGUCUCCAACAUCGAUUGUCUGCGUGAUGAGCACCGUAUGCCUUUCGCCAUGACUUGGUUCAGCUUCAUCUUCCCGCAGACCGCGUUGACUACCGCCACUUUCGCCGUCGCUGAGGCCUUUGAUAUUGCGGCCGUCCGAAUCAUCGGUUGUGUCAUGACUUGUCUGUUGAUUGCCGUUUGGUUCUUGGUCGUGGGCUUCAUGAUCCGCGCUGUCGUUCAGAAACAGAUCCUCUGGCCGGAAAGAGGCGAGGAUAAGAAUGAAGGCGGUUUCAAAGCCAGAGAGGGCGAAACAGUCGUGGUUCCUGCCGAAAUCGGUCGCGAGGAGGGCCUCGGUCACAGUGCCGCCAUGGCCGAGGAAAAUCGGGAUUUCGAUGCUGCGGAAAAGAGUGUCUGA